CGGCGGCGGGGGGCGCUGGUGGGUGCCGGUCCGCGGCGCGGGAGGGGCGGCGCCGCCGGCGCCGGAGGGGUUAAUGCGCCCCAUCCCCGCCGCCCCUCGAUUCCAGAAGGCAACAGCUGGCACAGCUGGAACAAGCAAUCCGCAGACCACAGUGUGUGUGUGCGCCAACAGCUGAAAGGUGCCUUUCCAACCUGCACCAAGGUAAUCGGUGUCAGUGGAUCCAGCCAUCUCUGCAUCUCCCAAGGAUGCCUGGCCCUGUACCAUGCUGUCCAUCCCAUGCAGCCUGUUUGCCUUGCUCCAGGGUAUCUGUAGGCUGAUGGAAAGCAGACGCUCUAAUUAGCUGUGUGAUAUGACCCUGAGACUCGCCCAGAGCAGGGGAAACCAAAGGGGUCUGUUCUUCAAGGAGUCCCCAAGAAGAUGGAACCAGGCAACUGAGAGUGACCUGAAGCUGAAGAGAGAUGCCAGGAAAUUCGUAGGCAUCAAAGGUACAGUGCGGGUGGAUUAUGACCACAGGGAAGCCGUGGCUGUGCCCAGGAAGCUGUGUUGCAUCUGCAAAUCUCCUUCAUACAUCAAGGGCACCUUUGAGCAGAGCUGCUGUGGAGACCGAAGAGCUGGAGAGGACAGUGCAGAGGUUUGGAGGCACACCGUGAUGGUGGGAGCCAUUCCACGGCAGCCACGCUGCUUCUGGGGGGUGCACGGCUGGCAGGCGUCUUCAGCUAGUUGUGCCAACGACUGUCUGCUGCAGGGCUGGGAGCCUCAUCUGGAGCAGAGUGGAGUUUGGCUGCAGAGGGAUGCUGUGCUGCAGUGCACCCCAUAACAGAGGGCUUACCUGGACAUCUUGAACAAGGGGGGUCCAGCUCCCACCUGCUGCCCUCCCACAGCGGCCCCGUGGCACUUUACUCUCCCUCACCUGCUGCUGUAUGGGCUGUUUUGACCCCGGUUCCACUCGGGGUCCAGCCAAGUAAGGCUCCAUGCGGCACAUCCACACGGAGGCGUCCUUGCCCCCAGAGCGCAGCACAGACUCCGGCCUGUCCCAGCCAGGUGGAGAGGCAGCCUUGGAGCCUUCCUCACAACGCUGCACUCACCGCAGCAUCCUCAUGGGCUACAACGAGACAGAGAUCAAGCGCCAGAAGGUUUACCAGGUCUCCAUCUUCUCCCAUCUCUCCAGCUCCUCUGAUAGCACAGAGCAGCGGACAGGCAACCGGCCAGCCAUUAAGAGGGGAUACCCCGAGCAGCGAACUCCGGAAGGGGGACGGGAUCCCAAACGAACUCACUGGGGUGGUGGGGGGGCAGAUGUCAAGUGGGACGGGGGUUCUGAACAGGAUUCCCUGGAUGAUGACGAUGCCUUUGAGGAUGGUCUGCUGGUGGAGGAGCUGUCCCUGUGCGGCUCUGCCCAGCACUUCUCUCACAGUGGGCUGCGAGUGGUGGAGCACCGAUGUGAGGGCAGCCCGAGCCACAGUCCCAAGGCCAGCAGAGAGGACAGGUCACAGGGUGCCUCGUCCUCCUGGCCACAGCACAUUGCUUGCAGUACUUUGCACAGAAGAGACAGUUGCCCUGCCCUGCCAGGGGAUCAGCCCGGAGAUUACGGGGAGAACGGGGAGCGGGCAAGUGGCCACAACCUACUUGAACUUGAUUUGCACAAUAUUGCACAAACACCCCAGGCAGACUCUGGUGGGAAGAGAGAGAAGCUGGAGGGCAGCCCUGCUCAUAGCAGCAGGACAGGCAGAGAAGGAGAAUGGCCAGCGAUGGCCAACGGGUGCAAGGAGCCCCCAGCUCCUCAGACAGCACUCAGCCCUGAGCCUAGCAGCCUGAGCUCCUUGGAGAAGACACCCUGUGGGAGCAGCCGGCUCAGCAGGAGCAGCUGCCCAGCCAAACGAAAGCUGCUGCCUGCUGGGGAGGUUGCAGCUGACUCCUGCUCGGAGGACGAGAGCCUGUCCCCACUGGCGAGGAAGAAGAGGGCCCUGCCAUGCCAUCCAGUGCCCACAGCCUGCCGCAGCACCGAUGCCAAGGGGGCUCCUUUCUGGAAUCACUUGCUUCCAGCAGCCAAGAGCUCUGCAGAUUGCACUACAGUCGGGAGGAGGCUGAAGAGCGGGCUGCGCCUCAAAUCGCGACAUCUCCGGAGCAGCCUCCGGAGGGGGACCCGGCCCUCUGCAGCCCCCUGGACCACCACCACUGUCAGUCAUGCUCUGCUGGGCAACUUUGAGGAGUCCAUCCUGAAGGGCCGCUUCGCACCAUCAGGGAGGAUUGAGGGUUUCACAGCAGAGAUUGGAGCCAGUGGCUCCUACUGUCCACAGCAUGUCACCCUGCCUGUCAACGUUACCUACUUCGACAUCUCUGAACACAGCGCACCCUCGCCUUUCCUGGGAGUGAUUGAUUUGGAGGCCUUGGGAAAGAAGGGUUACAGUGUCCCCAAAGCUGGAACCAUCCAAGUGACCUUAUUUAACCCCAACAAGACUGUGGUGAAGAUGUUCUUGGUGACGUACGACUUCCAGGACAUGCCGGCCAACCACAUGACCUUCCUACGCCACCGCAUCUUCUUGGUGCCUGUGGGGGAAGAGGAGGGAGCCGCCGUGGCCUCCAGCAACCCACCAGGCACUGGCCUGCCCCGCAGGGUCCUCUGCUACCUGAUGCACCUGAGGUUUCAUAGCUCCAAGUCAGGGAAGAUCUACCUUCACAACGACAUCCGGCUGCUCUUUUCCCGCAAGUCAAUCGAGGUCGACUCGGGGAUCCCCUAUGAACUGAAAUCCUUUACGGAGAUGCCAAGGAACCCUUGCUACUCACCCUGGGCCUGAGCGCGGAGCCAUCUGACCUUCUCCAUCUCCCAGGGCCACUGGGGAGCAUCCAGCCCAGCACUUCAGAGAGAUGAGUAAAGGGCCGGAGAGCAGGCACCACCUUGAAGUAUCACCGUCCGCACAUGGCUUCGUCCUUCCAAGCACUGUGGACAUCAUGGCUGUGCCCUCUGGCAGGGCUGGAAUCACCAAGGGGGCUUUGCAAGGAGGGGCAGGGGGUAGUGAGCUCCAGAGACAUGUCCAGGUCUUUUGCCAGUGCUGCUCCAAGCUCAGAGAUGUGGCUGGGGUUGAGGCGGGAGCUAAGCCUGGAAGGGGGGACUCAAGGUGAGGCUGCUUGCCCCAGGCCCUGGGCUGGGGAGCAAGAAGUGCAGAAGGGUUUGUAUUUAUUAGUAUUUAUUGUUGCUGGGAGUGUGGAGGAGGCUUGUGCGGACGAUUGUAGGUGCUGCUCUUCCCCUACAGCCCUCUUGGCUUCACAGGCACUGCCCAGGCCGUGGGCAGGCUGUGCUCACCACUGUGGGGCUGCCGGUAGUGGGGCAGGGCUGUGGGGACUGUGAGGGUCGCCAGCAGUGGCAAACACCUUGGGCUGUGGAAGAAGAGGGCAACUGACCUGUUGGAGGGGACAGGGCACAGCUCCCCUGCACAGAGGCUGUGUUAAAAACCCCGGGAGAGGCUGAGAUUUGAGCAGCGUUUCUGCUGGGCCUGCCUCGCUGCAGGGAGCGUGGGGAAGCCUGUGCUUUCACUGCAUCCCCUUUAGGGCAAGCCAGGCCCCAAGAAGCCUGGGGCUGGCAGGGAAGUGGCUGUUGCCAGAGAUUUGGAUGUGACAUGAAGGAACAGGGACCUGGGGGCUCUCUGGAAGAGCAGGGGCAGCCCUUCCAGCAAGGGCCUCCGGAGCCUGUGUGCACUGCAGAUUUGGGAGAAGGUGGAGAUCCCCAAAGGAUCUUGGCCUUGUGCUGUCUGUGCAUGUGUGGAGUGAAUCCUGUCGCCCUUGCAGCUGUCGGGAAUCUGCUUUGGCCAAAGACUUGCCAGCAGCAUGAUCAGCUGGUGGCAGAGGUGGAGGAGGCCUCGCUGGGUCCCGGGGUAGCAUGGGAACCAGAGGAAGCAGCAGAGGGAAUCGAACCAGCAGCUUUGGGCUGGAUGUGCAGAAAGGGGGUGGGGAGUAUCCGGAGCGGUAUCUUUUUCUGUCCCCAAGACUUGGGAAAGGUGUGCAAGAACAUGUUAA